AUGAAGUACCCUUGUCGAGAAUCACUGCAGCAGCUUCAUCUUCAGAUAGGUAAUGACUGUUUACUGCCAGUCUCCUCCCAUCUAUUUGAUGCCUUAUUAUACGAGAGGGAGCACGAAUCACUGCAAUCUCGAAUCUUGGAGCUGUGUCCACCAUACCUUUGGCACCAGGGAUCUCAUAAGCUCGCUUGUCCAAGACCAAUCCUCGUUACAGGGCAGCAUAAGGAGAAGCUUUCGAGACUUCAUGGUGCUCUAGUCACUGCGAUUACAGACAUCGUCGAGCGCUGGUGGACAGACCCCAAUGCUAGAUUCUCAGCGCAACAGUGGAUAGACAAGGAGCAUCUCCCUUAUCGGAAUCAGGUCGGUUCUUGGAGACCUGAUUUCCUCGUCGAGGACAAUACCACAGACGGCGAAGUAGCUGAGAACUUCCGCAUCACUGAAAUCAAUGCUCGGUUUUCUUUUAACGGAUUCAUGCACCAAGCAUAUGGACAACUUGGCUUGAAAAACUUGGGCGUGGGAGAAAACGGUGUCGUGCCCGCAACAAAACCAGCCGAUACCUUGAAAGGAAUGCUGAAACUUCUCCGUCUGGACCAACCACUCCACCUGCUGAAAGGACAAGAGCCAGGGAUUGACAUUCAUAUGGUCAUUGAUUUUCUGCACCGUGAACUGGGUAUUAGCCCACGGCUUGUGAGCCCUGCUGACCUGCGGAUACUCCCCGACCCUCAGAGCUCGAGCAAAUUUAAGCUCUAUUGCGUGGUGAAGAACACUAGCCCGCUGUGCGAUUCAGCCCUUCCGCUCCGAAUUACCGACGACGGGAUGGCAAUAGAAGAGGUACACCAGAUUGGCCUAGAGUUGCAUCAGCAUGAGCUCUUCGGCAUGCCCACCGAGAUGCUACGCCAGAUCAGUCUACGUUGCUUCAACGACAUGCGGACCAUCCUCUUGGUUCAUGACAAGCGAAUGCUCGGCAUUGUCAAGCAGGAGAUUCCGGACCUAAGGAGGAGGGGCAUCUUGACCCCUGUCCAGGCGAGGGCACUGGAAAAUGGAAUAGCUGAUACAAUAAUUCCUGGCUCGACAGAGCUGAAGGACCUGAUCCGGCAUUCGAUUCUCGACGACAGGGAGCUGAAAAAUGAAUACCUCCUCAAGCCUAUUCGAGGGGGCAAGGGUGCCGGAAUCAUCUUUGGCGAUGAAAUGAGUCCCCCAAAGUGGAUCGGCACUUUGGCGCGUCUUUGCAGCCCUUACCCGGUCUCUGGGGCUACCACUUAUGUGGUACAGCGCCGAGUACAUGCGCGCCUAUACGAAGUCGUCCUGAAGCCAUGUGGAGAGCUGAAUCAGUACCCGCUCAUUGGGACAUACCACUCGGUUCAUGGUCAGUUUUUGGGAUUCGGGAUUUGGCGUAGCAGCCCACAGAGAAUCUGCGCUGUUAGCAAUGGCGGAAGCUGGAUGUGCACUGUGAUGAAAGAAUGCUAG